AGUCAUUAGCCCACAAGGAUCGCCCUUAUUGAUUGGGCACUGAUUGCCGCUCAUAUAAAGACCCAAACUGGCCUCGCAAGCUCCUUUCCCUCGCCAGCAUCCCCCCCUCAUCUCACUCUCCACUUCACACAAAACACUGUCCACCAUGAAGGCCGUCAGUGCUAUCUUCUGUGCUCUCGCCGCCGCCGCCUCCGUCGCUGCCUCCUCCGAUGUGCACGUCCUGACGAAGGACAACUUUGACUCGAUCGCUGAGAAGCCGUUGUCGCUGAUUGAGUUCUACGCGCCUUGGUGUGGUCACUGCAAAAGCCUGGCGCCCGAAUAUGAGAAGGCAGCAACGGAGCUGAAGGCCAGCCUUCCUUUGGCCAAGGUCGACUGCACAGAGCAAACCGAGCUCUGCGAAAAGCACGACAUCAAGGGUUACCCUACCCUGAAGGUCUUCCGUGAAGGUGUCCCAAGCGAGUACAAGGGCCAGCGUAAGGCGGAUGGGAUCGUCAGCUACAUGAAGAAGCAGAACUUGCCUCCCGUCUCCAUCCUGACCGCCGACAAGGUCGAGGAGUUCUCCACAUCAGACAAGGUCGUUCUGGUCGGAUUCUUCGCCGACAAGGCGUCGUCCGAGUUCGCUGAGUUUGAGAAGGUCGCUAAGGAGCUCCGCGAGGAGUUCCUCUUCGGUGCCGCCGUCGACAAGGCCGCUGCUGAGAAGUUCAAGGUCACCGCUCCCGCUCUUGUUCUUUACAAGAAGUUCGACGAGGGCAAGGCCACCUUCUCCGGCGCCUUCAAGCACGAUGAAAUCGCACAGUUCCUCCGCGCCGAGUCUGUUCCCACCAUGGAUGAGAUUGGCCCUGAGAACUACGCCAAAUACGUCGAGAGCGGCAUUCCCCUCGCCUACCUCUUCUACAGCUCCGAAGCUGAGCGCAAGUCCCCCGGCGCCGACAUCGAAGCCAUCGCCAAGGAGUACAAGGGCAAGCUUAACUUCGUCUACAUUGACGCCCAGAAGUUCGGUGGCCAUGCCAAGAACCUGAACGUCAAGGAGCAAUGGCCCGCAUUCGCGAUCCAGGAGCCCGCCCAGAACGUCAAGUACCCGUUCGACCAGAGCAAAUCCCUCACCAAGGCCAACGUCAAGUCCUUCGUCGAUGAGUACCUCGCGGGCAAGCUCCAGCCCUCCCUCAAAUCCGAGGCCGUCCCAGAAAAGAACGACGGCCCCGUCAAGGUCAUCGUCGGCAAGAACUGGGAUGACGUCGUCCUGAACAAGUCCGCGGACGUCCUCGUCGAGUUCUACGCCCCAUGGUGCGGACACUGCAAGGCCCUCGCCCCGACCUGGGAGAAGCUCGGCGAGGCCGUUGGAUCCGACAAGAUCGUCAUCGCCAAGAUGGACGCGACCGAGAACGAUAUUGCCCCUGGGUCCGGUUUCACCAUCGAGGGGUUCCCGACCAUCAAGCUGUUCAAGGCCAAGACGAACGAGAUUGUCGACUACGAUGGUGAACGCUCCAUUGAUGGAUUCGUGUCGUUCUUGAAGAAGAACGCUGUCCAUGCUGACGAGAUCAAGGAUGUCAACGCCGCUGAGGCCGAGGGCACGUCUGACGCUCACGACCACGAGGGUCACGAGGAGUUGUAGGAAGUUUUGCUAUCCCUCAAACAUCACACUUUGUGUAUUCGUCAUAAGCUAAAGAUCGUUUAGAUCGCUCGUUUGAGCUUCAUGUAUCUAGUCAUAAAAAAGAAUCGAUAACCCCAUCUCACUUGACUUCCACGAUGCACUGGAGUAUUGGAUUUUCCUCGAGUAUGAAUAGUCCUUGACGAAAAAACAAAAGCAUAUAUUAUAUACACAUUUCAACAAGAGACAAGGGAACGAGGGGAGUCUCGGCGCUCUGCAAGCCCGGAACUGUUACAUGUACAUACAUCGCAUGUUCUCCCACCUCCCUUCCACUCCCAUGCGAGGACCUCAGGGCCCAAAAACACAAAUCAAGUACCAAGUACCAUGGUUGUCAUACAAACGUUGUAAGCUCCCCUCGCUCCACCUCAUCGCCCCCUCCCCUUCCCAUUCCUCAGCUUCCCA